CUGCGCCUCUUUACCAGUGAAAUUAGAUUACUAGCUCUCUCACUUGCCUUCAUUCAUCACCCCCUUAUGGCUGACGCUCUCCUUUCUAUCGUCUUGGAGCGCUUGGCUUCCGUUGUUGAGCAACAGAUUCGUGAUGAACUUACUCUGGUUCUGGGUGUUGAAGCAGAAAUCCAAAGCCUCACAGAUACACUCCGAUCCGUCCGAGAUGUUCUUGAGGAUGCAGAGCGCAGACAAGUGAAGGAAAAAUCCGUCCAAGGUUGGUUGGAGAGGCUGAAAGACAUGGCUUACCAAAUGGACGACGUGGUGGAUGAGUGGAGCACUGCUAUUCUCCAAUUACAGAUCAAGGGAGCUGAAAGUGCUUCCAUGUCUAAGAAGAAGGUAAGCUCCUGCAUUCCCUCCCCUUGCUUUUGUCUCAAGCAAGUUGCUUCUCGUCGUGAUACUGCUCUUAAGAUUAAGGGCAUUAAACAACAACUAGAUGUCAUUGCUAGUCAAAGAAGCCAGUUCAAUUUUAUCUCCAGUUUGAGUGAGGAACCACAGCGAUUUAUAACUACCUCUCAACUUGAUAUUCCGGAGGUAUAUGGUCGGGAUAUGGAUAAAAACACCAUAUUAGGCCAUCUGUUGGGUGAGACUUGUCAAGAGACCGAAUCUGGGCCCCACAUCAUCUCCAUAGUUGGGACUGGAGGCAUGGGCAAAACAACGCUUGCUCAACUAGCCUACAACCACCCGGAGGUGAAGGCCCAUUUUGAUGAAAGAAUUUGGGUCUGUGUCUCCGAUCCCUUUGACCCAAGCAGAAUUUUUAGGGAGAUUGUUGAAAUCCUCCAAGGAGAAUCUCCUAGUGUCCAUAGUUUGGAAGCUUUACAACAAAAAAUUCAAACACGUAUUGCUGGAAAGAAGUUCCUUAUUGUGCUAGAUGAUGUGUGGACUGAAAACCAUCAAUUGUGGGGACAACUGAAGAGCACUCUCAAUUGCGGAGGUGUAGGGAGUAGAAUUCUGGCGACCACACGUAAGGAGAGUGUUGUUAAGAUGGUGGGAACUAAAUACACGCAUUCCUUAGAGGAAUUGCCCCGGGAGCAAGCUCGGGCAUUAUUCCAUCAAAUAGCUUUCUUUGAAAAGAGCAGGGAGAAAGUGGAAGAAUUGAAAGAAAUUGGUGAGAAAAUAGCAGACAAAUGCAAGGGCUUGCCACUCGCUAUAAAAACUUUAGGGAAUCUCAUGCGUUCAAAACAUAAUAGGGAAGAAUGGGAGAAUGUUUCGUGUAGUGAAGUAUGGCAGCUGGAUGAGUUUGAGAGAGAUAUUUCCCCUGCUUUGUUGUUGAGUUAUUAUGAUCUGCCCCCUGCAAUUAAACGCUGCUUCUCAUUUUGUGCUGUUUUUCCAAAAGACUCGGUUAUUGUGAGAGAUGAGCUGAUCAAGUUGUGGAUGGCACAAAGCUAUCUCAAAUCUGAUGGGAGUAAAGAGAUGGAGAUGGUUGGUAGAGAGUACUUCGAAUAUUUAGCUGCUCGGUCUUUCUUCCAAGAUUUUGAAAAAGAUGAUGAUGGUAAUAUAAUAGGUUGUAAGAUGCAUGAUAUAGUGCAUGAUUUUGCUCAAUUUUUGACUCAGAAUGAAUGCUUUAUUGUGGAGGUUGACAACCAAAAAAAGGGGAGUAUGGACUUAUUCUUCCAAAAGAUUCGUCAUGCCACCUUAGUUGUCCGAGAGAGUGCCUCCACUUGUAACAUGAAGAAUCUUCACACCCUCUUGGCUAAGAAAGCAUUCGAUUCAAGAGUUCUUGAAGCCUUAGGGCAUUUGACAUGUCUCAGGGCAUUGGAUUUGAGCAGCAAUCGGUUGAUUGAGGAACUUCCUAAGGAGGUAGGAAAAUUGAUACAUUUAAGAUACCUUAAUCUAUCAUGGAGUUAUCGUUUGAGAGAGUUGCCUGAAACAAUUUGUGGUUUAUAUAAUUUGCAAACCUUAAAUAUUAAAAAUUGUUCCGGUCUUCAGAAACUACCACAGGCAAUGGGUAAACUAAUUAAUUUGAGGCAUCUUGAAAAUUAUAAUACUCAGAGUCUAAAGGGCUUGCCAAAAGGAAUUGGAAGAUUAAGCUCUCUUCAGACAUUGGAUGUUUUCAUCGUGAGUAGUCAUGGCAAUGAUGAAUGCCAAAUAGGAGACCUGAGAAACUUGAACAACCUAAGAGGAGAUCUUUCCAUUCAAGGGUUGGAUGAAGUGAAAGAUGCAAGGGAGGCAGAAAAAGUAGAAUUGAAGAAUAAGGUACACCUCCAAGAUUUGUCAUUGGAAUUUGGUAGACAGAAGGGGACAAAGGGUGUGGCUGAAGCUCUACAACCCCAUCCAAACUUGAAAUCUCUAGAUAUAUUCACUUACGGUGAUAGAGAGUGGCCCAAUUGGAUGAUGGGUUCAUCAUUAGCUCAACUGAAAAUACUUCACCUCCGGUUUUGCAUAAGAUGUCCAUGUUUGCCUCCUUUGGGGCAACUGCCUGUCCUUGAGAAGCUGUGGAUACGGCGUAUGGAUGGUGUGCAAUACAUAGGUAGUGAGUUUUUGGGAUCAUCAUCAAUAGUAUUCCCAAAGCUGAAGGAAUUGGCUAUUUCUGGUUUGGAUGAAUUGAAGCAAUGGGAAAUAAAAGAAAAAGAAGAGAGGUCAAUAAUGCCAUGUCUCAAUGACUUGACUAUGCAAGACUGCUCAAAGCUGGAGGGACUGCCGGACCACGUGCUCCAGAGGACACCAUUGCAGAAAUUGGACAUCAAAUAUUCUCGUAUUCUGGAACGACGCUAUCGAAAGGAUAUUGGAGAGGAUGGGCACAAAAUAUCUCAUAUCCCAGAAGUCGCAUAUUCACAGGACUGAAUGGUCAUCACGCUUCACCUCAUGUCGCUCUUGUUACAGAGAAGCAAGUUCAAAUAAAGAGGAGAAAAUUCCCAGCACCUAUGUAUUGUGAAGUUGUCUAUGAAUCAAUUUCAAAUUGGUGAUUUGUAAAUUCUUUUUCUCUUUUUCUUUUCCCCUUUUAUUGGUUUGCCUAUAUAUGUAAGAAUGUGUAAACUUCAACUUUAUUGUUUGGAUUUAUUUCCUACAACAUAAAUGGUUUGCGAAUGAUGGGAACUUGCAUGCAUGCAUGCAUGAUGUUUCUUCUGAUUUGUUGUAAGGACAUAUCUAUUGUUAACCUAAUGGAUGAAGUGGGUUACUUCUGAUUUGUUUUA